AUGCCACUCUGAGAACUUCCCGCACCUGCUCAGCUAGUCCUAACCCGGAGCCACGAAGGCGAUCCAUGGCGGCGACGGGUUUGCUCCGACGUGCGGCCGCGUCGUCGCUACCCCGCCUCCCUUCCGGAAUUUCCCUCAUACAGCCUCCUCUCCCUGCCCCUCUCACCGAGUCGCAGUCGCUCGUGAUCCCCGGCAUCGGCGCCGCUGCCGGACCAGCCAUGGAGCUCAUGGCCGUCCCUAAGAAGAAGGUCUCCAAGUACAAGAAGGGUUUGAGGAAUGGACCCAAAGCCUUGAAGUCUGUGCCGGUCAUUAUUCGCUGCAGGUGCUGCGGCCGAGUGAAGCUGCCUCACUUCUACUGCUGCAGCGGAGAAAGAGGAAACCCAAGCGAGUCAAGCUCAUAAAUGUUUUGCUUUCCUACUCUGGGGCCUGGGCACUAUGCUAAUUCUCAACUCUGCAUAUCGUAAUACCACUGAAAUAAAUUCUCAAAUGACAUUUGGUAUUUCUAGGGAUGAAAGUGGUAAUCCGAACUGUUAGAACAAAUUUAAUAUUUUAAAAUAGAUAUGUAUAAAAUUUAA